UGUGCUGCAGUUCAGCUCACACAUAUCCACAGCUAUGGCUGCUCACUGUGCUGAAGUUUCUGGAGUUUCGUCUCCAAAUAUUGGGAUACUAAUAGCUGUAGUAUCAAGUCUCAUCAAUGGGUCGACAUUUGUGCUCCAGAAAAAAGGAAUGUUACGUUCCCAGCAAAGAGGAGGCUCGUAUCUGAGGGACGUGGUGUGGUGGAAUGGAACCCUGUGCAUGAUUAUCGGUCAAAUCGGGAAUGCAGUGGCGUACAGCAUGGCCCCUGCUGUGACAGUUACACCUCUAGGAGCUCUUGGAGUUUUGUUUGGGGCUGUGCUGGCUGCUUGGAUCCUGAAAGAGCAUUUGAACAUCCUGGGGAAGCUUGGCUGUCUGUUGUGUUUCUGUGGCUCUCUUGUGCUCAUCAUUCAUGCACCAAAGGCAAAACCCACCUGUGAGUUGGGUUCCUCUGGAUCUGAUGUGCCCUUUAUGCACGAACCAAAGGCAGAAGAAAUGCCAAGCAAGGAGCUGAUGGACAGGCUGUUGGACCCAGUGUUUGUAACUUAUGCCCUCUUGGUGGUGCUGCUGCUGAUCGCUCUAAUCGUGUGGAUCGCUCCAGUCCACGGCAGAUCAAACGUCAUGGUCUAUGUCGCAAUAUGUUCCCUUUUGGGAACUUUCACAGUUCCAAGCGUCAAAGGACUCGGCCUGGUCCAACCGGAGGUGUUUGGUGAUUAUCCGUGCAGCAGCCGAGCCACGAUUCUCUUUCUGGUCCUGCUGGGGACGCUGAUUGUCAGCAUCCUCACGCAGUUCUUCUUCAUCAACAAGGCCUUGGAGUGUUUCAGCUCCAACUUAUUUGAAGCCAUAUACUAUGUGACAUUCACAUCUGCCGUGAUGCUUGCCUCUGCUCUCCUCUUCAAGGAGUGGACGGCUCUAACUGUGGUGGACAGCAUCACCUUGCUUUGCGGCUUUUCAACAGCGUGUGUCGGGGUGGCUAUACUCCGCAUCUCCCAUGAGGCUUUGAUUACUUGGAAGAAGAAGGAGGAGGGACGGGAAAAGACAGACUGAUUGAUUAUGCCGUCAUAUUUACUUGACUUCUGUGCCAUGCAGCUAAGCCCAAAAUUAUUCAAACUCAUACCAAAUUUUGAUUUAUAAUGAAUUUUUAUUUGACCAACAGGUUGGAAAUGACCUAAACAAGUAACAAAAGGCAUUAAUAUUGUCUGCUGAUAACAAAUGUCAACUAUUUCUAUGUAUAUUUUGACUUUUUUACUAAAAUCGCCAAGUCCAAAAUGAUUCAUACCCCUUGAAAUUGUCAUAGAUUUUUGAGAAAAUGUAACCUCUAUAUAGUUCCAUAAAGUCCUAGUAAUGUGCUAGUCAAAAAGCCAGUGCGCUAUUAUGGUCCAUAAAUGCCAGAGAUUUGCACAUUGUGGCUGCUCACAAGACGUUUAAAGGCUAUAAAGUCAUAUCCAGGUGUUUUCAAGUAUAAGUUGCCGCAGAGCAAAGCACAAUGACAAAGUACAAGACGUUGCACACUGUGAAAUCUCAGUGGGUGCGGUAGAAAGCCAGAAGUGACCCCCGUGCUGACAAGAAUGGUAUAGAGGCCAAGAAGAGUCCAACAAUCAUCACCAAGACCUUCCUGAUGAAUCUGGGCAAUUCUGGUCCAGAUAUUUAAAGACAGAUACUUCAAACAUAAAAAUAGAAAAAAAUCAUCACUUUAACAUAAUGUCUGACCAUCUUUUUUUCACUUGUUUGUCAUUUCCAACCAUAAGAAGCUUAUUGGUCUAAAAAAAAAAGUCACUAUAAUUCAAAUUCGCCUUUUGGCACAAACAGUAUUAGCUUUAACUGUAUAACUAGUUUUCCUUUAACUUGAACUUACCUGCAAUAACAAAUCUUAAAUUUAAAUGCACAAUAUUUUGUGUUGUUGUUUAUUUUACAUGAUCAUUCCUGUGUUAAUUUCAUUCCGAUUCACGAAUGCAGCUCUCAACAACAUGGACCUCAUCGGUAGUAAUUUGCCGACGUUAAAUUUUUACCCAUUUACCCAAACAUUGUAAAUAAUUACGCUUACUUUCCUCUUGAGGCUUUAAAAGGCACCUUAAAUGUUGUGCCUUUCUCCCAGUUGCCAGACUGUCUCAGUGUGGAGUCACCUACACUUUGACUUAUUCAUUGUGCCUGUGAAUUAUUCAGAGUAAUUUCAGAAGCAGUCUCUUUAGUGCAGGAGUUGUGUAGAAGAUGAAUAUCAACAGACUGACUGAGUGUUUGGUCUGAUGGAGGAAUUUAACCAUCUGAUGUCAAACAUAUUCCUUUGGUACUGUGACCACUUCCUGUUUUUGUCUUCUGGUUAUAAAUCUGUAUAUAUAUAUAUAUAUAUAUAUAUAUAUAUAUAUAUAUACUAGAAAUUGAUCCAAUUGUGACAUUGUUUUAUCCUAUUUUUUUUUUAUUAAUUUUAUUUUGUUUAACAAAAUAAUUUUUAUCCUGUAUUGUGUCUUGCCUUUUUUGCACAUAUGUUUGCUGUUGCCCGUUCCUAUAUCAUGUACGCUCAAUUUAUGUUUGCUGCUCAACUCAGGUUGUUUUACAAUGUGCAGUUUAAAUAAACUUGAUUUUCAGUGAUUUGACUGUGGAACUAAGAGAAUGCUAUGGGUGGAAAUAGAUGAAACUAGCAACUAAAUUUGAGUUGCUCAGCUUGAAUAUUUGCAGUAACACUGACUUUGAAUUACAUUUUAAGAUACCUGAAUAAUGGUAUGAAAAAAUAUUUAGAUUUACAUCAUUUUGAAGUAAAUGUAAUCUACUUAAAUCUAAUGUAAAUCAAAUAGUUGGAAUUUCAACUUCUCAAUUUGAAUAAAUGCAUUUGAAAUGG